GUGUACGGACUGACGACAUGUUCUGUGACUUCACGGUUAAGAUCGAUGACGAAUCAAUCAAAUGUCAUCGACUCAUCCUAGCAGGGUGUUCUGAAUUUUUCCAGGCACUUUUCCGAUCGCGUUUACGAGAGGUGACAGAUAACAGCGUUGUCCUGCAUGAUAUUCCAAGUGAGGUUUUUAAGACGAUUUUAAACACACUUUACAGCGGUGAAAUAGAUUUAACUUCAGAGAAUUCUAUCGAAAUAUGGAGGGCAGUGAAUAUGUUGCAAAUCAUGUUCUUGGUGGAAUUAUGUGAGAGUUUUGCUAUUGACGCUAUUGCCAUUGAAACGUGGGGGAACAUAUAUGAGACAGCAGCACAGUUAAGCUCAAAAAGAUGCCUUGAUCAACUGCAUAUAUUCAUGUUAAAAAACUUUGAAGAAAUUAGACAUUCUCCAACCUUUUUAACGAUGUCUGUUAACGAAGUGAAGGAUUUAAUAAAAAGUCAAGAUUUAGUUGUCAGCAAAGAAGAUGAUGUUCUGGAAUCGGUGCUCAAAUGGGUAGCAUAUGUUCCUAAAAUUAUGAUAAACUCAUUGGAGCAGUGGCGCGUAUUUGCCAUAACAUUGCAGCGUUGA